UUCUUAGCAACAUUUGUAUGGUGUUUCGUACAGUUGUUACGCUGAGCUUAUAUUACAAUAUGGAUUAAGCAGAUGGUUGGGGUAUAUUAUAUGUAUUGCUAUCUUCAUAACAUUGAGACUUUUUCCUCUGUUAUUGAUAGCAUUAAACUAUCUGACAAGUAAUUUGCUUCGAACUGCAUAUAACAUUCAUCAACGGUAACGGUUCAUCUAAGUUAAAAUCAUGCAACGUUGGUGCCAAUAUUUGCUUGUAACAUUAACAGUUUUGACGUUUUCUACAGGAAUUUCUGGAACUGUUAUAUCACCUGCAAUUCCUAGAGCAAAAGUUUCCAUAAAUUGCGGGAAAAUUGACGGUGUUUGGUCAAAAUCCAGCGCUGGAUUUUCUUUCCGUGGAAUCCCGUACGCCAGUCCACCAGUGGGAAAUUUAAGGUGGCGACCGCCAGUACCAGUUCGGAGAAAAAACCGUAAUUGCUGGAAAGGAAUAUUGCAAGCUCAUAACUUCCAAAGCCAAUGUGUACAGAGAGAUAAAGAAAACCAUUCAAUUGUAUUUGGAAACGAAGAUUGCCUUUAUCUGAACGUCUUAACGCCGACAUUAAAUUCGUCUGCUAAGCUUCCGGUAAUGUUUUGGAUUCAUGGCGGUUAUCUCUUGUAUGGAAACGGGAACCAGUACAAUAUUGGCUAUGCCCCGACAUUAGCAUUGGCUAAACAACUAAACGUUGUAUUUGUCAGUAUAAAUUACAGACUGAAUGCGUUUGGAUUCAUGGCUUUAAAAUGGCUUCAAAACAAUUCAUCAACGAAUACUUCCGGUAACUAUGGUUUCAUGGAUAUGAUUGAAGGACUUCGUUGGGUUCAGAAAAACAUUCAUAAAUUUGGUGGCGAUCCGAAUCAGGUUACGGCUUUUGGUCAAAGCUCUGGUGGAACAUCACUGAUAGCUCUUCUUUCUUCGCCGCUUUGCCAAGGUCUUUUUGACAAGGUGUUGAUAAUGGGCGCUUCGCCGGUUAUGAAUAAAACAGCUGAAGAGGCCUUCAAAGACAAUGAAAUUUUCAUUAAGAACACUGGGUGCAGUGACGUGUCUUGUUUGUAUGAACUUCCAGCAUAUGACGUUAUAAUUAACAUACCGUGGGGCGUUUAUCCUUACUGGGCAAUGGAAGAUAUUCUUAGUCUUCCUGAGUUUGGAAAAUUUGAUGGUGCCUUAAUCGUGAUCGAUGGCACUACAGCACAAGAAGUCGACGUGGCCCCGAUUCCAAGGAAAUUCCAAAAUUGGACAUGGCAAACUAAUGACUACAAAGAUCACGUGACAAAGAAACUAGGGACAUUCAAUAAUAUGAUAGCUAGGGCUGCUUUGAAUUUAUACCCUGUAAAUGUGUCCACACCAGAGUUCCAGUACACUACCAUGGUAACAGAUGCAAGGAUCGGUUGUGCCACGGACUAUUUGGCAACCGUUCUAGCUUCCGGGAUGACGUCACCAGUUUAUCGUUACGUUGCAACGUAUUACACAAAAGGGCACUCAGCAAAACCAUUCGGUACAAAGUAUCCGGUAAAUUACGCAUACCAUGGGAUCGAUGUGUUUGGAUUUUUCCAAACUAUGAAUGUUGUUCUAGGAGCGGCUCCCGAGUCGCUUGACACUAGAUGGGAGAAUCAUGUCCAGAGUGAAAUCCUGGCGUUUGUCAAAACAGGAUCGCCUGCUACAGGUGAUUGGUUAAAAUACCCUGACGUCACAGCUGAACUCGACACGGAAACAAAACCUUUCCGCAGUUACCAUGCAGCACAAUGUGAGUUUUGGUUACAAAAUGGAUUCUUCUCAUACUCUUGGAUAAAUUGAUUUUAUAUUUUGAAAACAAGUACGGUUUUCGUAUUAUUGUGAAUUUUAAAAAGAAGCAUUUCAAUAAAAUGAUUGAUUGAUAUCGACUCUCAUGUUUUCAAUACCAUGUUAUAAUUUAAAGACACGUUUCUUUCCCGUCUGCACUGUCCGCUAUCUAUCUACGUAUUUGAAUUUUUUUUUUAGAAAUGAUCAAUGGUUUUCUCUAAAUUAAAAGUUAAAAAACUCCAUUUAAGCAAGUAAGGGUUAAAUAUAUUUGAGCAGCAUUGUCAUAUGUUUUCGGAGAUAAUAAAAAACAUUAUGGAAAUAAAAAUGGACUUCAAAUCUUUAUUAUUAUAUACACGAAAUAUAAAAAGGGCAAAUGUGGUAGUCUGGUUUAUUCUUAUUCCUUUAAUAGAAAGAUACUGUAACUUGUAAACGUUUUAAUAACAUACAUAUAUAAACCGUCAAUAAUAUAUUAGGCAUGAUUACUGGCAGACAAAGUUUCAUUAUCUAUUUCAUUUAACUUCAAAUUUAUUUUUAA